AUGCACCAAUGUCUCUCAGUGACUGAGAUAUUCACGCACAUCUGUGCCAUAUUAUCUACCCAAGGCGCUCGUGGAGAUCUUGCCUCUCUUGCUCGCACAUGUCGGGCCUUUCAUGGGCCUGCUACAGAGGCGCUCUGGGAGCGUCUUGACGAUAUAGGCCCACUCUUUGACCCCAUGGAAGGCGAUUUGUAUGAGUUCGAAGAGCCGCGGUCUCAUUUGUUGGUACUACCUAGGUCAACGCGAUGGUGUAACCUGUGGGAGUUGACCUUCAAUCGACCAGCUACCGCCACGGACUUGGCCAAAUUCAAAGCUCGUGCAUCACGGGUUCGCUACCUUUCAGUCCAGUUGAAAUUCGACGACUCUUGGUGGGAGAUACUUUCGAAGCUCCAGGCCCUCGCAACAUACACGGACUACCCAUUUUUCUCCAAGCUACUGGAAUUACGCAUCGACGAGUUUGCUACCUCGCAGUACGAUGACAUUCCACUAGAUCUCUCCCGCUUGGGACCAUUUGCCACCGCCAGUCUGCAUCACCUUCAUUUCAACUUCUCAUUCUAUGACAACCAUAGCGUUACUUUUUUCACUGAUUUCGUGCGCCGCUUCCCGUCGCUACUGGAUCUGCGAGUUCAAAUACCCCUUUACGAGGAUGUCGUCUUUCCCAGGUCCUUCGAAGACAUGGUCCCUAACUGGGAUGCACUGCAGCGGGUGGAGAUUGCUGUGCACUAUCGGGAGCAGCUUCAAGCAUUGUCGCGAUUGGGCCACCUGGAGAGGCUGCAAAUCGGAAUACUCUUCUGUGAAGGCAUCCCGGAUGAAGAUAUCGCCAGAAGCGGCGGUUUUCCGAAAUUGCGAGACCUUUCAGUACAGGCGGGAGCGAAAUUCGACCUUUGCAUACGCUUCCUUUCGCUUCUCCGAGACACGCCGCUUUGUAACCUUGGGGUCGAAACUAGCACAAUCAGCCCCGAUGGUCUAUCCCAGCUUUUCGACACUUUGACCCGUCACGUCAACCCGCGGUCCUUGGAGAUUCUUCGAGUCAGAGACAAUCGACGUCGGUUUGAAGGACUACCUCCCUUGGUGGACGACCCUUACCAGCUCCAUUCCCUUCAACCCUUCCGCAAUCUCCGCACCCUUAUUUUGCAGAUUCCAUUCGUCUCCACGCUUUUGCCCAUCCUCUCACUUGGACAAUUCGCCCCUUCCCUGACCACGUUGCAAUUAGGAUAUUUUGGCGCAGUUAUCCCGGCCUAUUUCGAGCCAAAGAUCCACAUCCAAGAGCUCGCCGCCAUCUGCCAAACCUUUCCCCGAUUGACAGAACUCGCGAUACCAGUCGACGCCUCCAAGCCCGCAGAACCUAGCCCGACGCAGGCUCAUGCAGAACAGCAGACGAGACUGACGAAGUUGUCCGUGUCAAUGUCGCCCAUCGACUGUACAUCCGAAGUCGCGCUCUUCCUUUCCGACGCCUUCCCCAAUCUCGAAUCCCUGCAUGCAUCACAGUUGUCGUGUGGGCCGUCUCGGCCUCGUGCCUUCAAUUGGACUGAUCAAGCUCCCGAGUGGCACAAAGCAUGGCAAAAAGUUAUGCAUUGGCUACCGGUUCUGAAGAGGGCGCGCGCUCAAGAACGCUCGAGGGCCUUCUCAAGUGCCCCUCCAUAG